AGCGGCCAAUUGUGACAGCAGGGGGAGAGCGCACGCAACAGAUGAUGUCAAGCGAAGGGCCCUGCAGGUCGGUGGUGCUGGAUCACUUUUUCCGGGUCGCAAACGCCAAAGUGUUGCAAUUUUGCUGCGGAAGACAGUCGCUGUUUCCACAAAUCCACAUCGGAUUUUUGCAUUAAACGCAAACAACUGCCGCCACACCCAAGAAGGACGCCUGCUUUCCUCGUUUUACGACAAUCGGCUAAAAAGUUAGCCACGGCCGCACACAGGCAUGUCUGAGGGUAGUCUUGACACACAAUCGGGGAAGAUGUCAGCCGAGGAGUCUCAAGAGAUGUCUUGUCAGGCGGCCGAGGAGAGUUUGAGCAGUGGCUUGCCGGAGCCAAAUGUUGACGAUAGUGACGAUAGCGCGUCCAGGAAUGACGUGCUGUACGAAAUCGACAUAAGCGGCGGUGAGGAUGUUGAGAACGGCAGUGAAGCCGCCAGUGUAGAUAACGGUGACCCUGGGGACUCUCCCGAGGAAAGUGGAGAUGAUGCCACUGAAGCAAAGGAGAGCGCCAUGGCGGAGGAAUCCCAGAGGAGCUCAGCCGCCGCCGAGAUCGCCGUCACCAGCAACGGCGACCUGGAUGAGAGCCCAGGAAGUGUUUUCCGUAGGGACUCUUACUCCGGGGAUCUGGGAGUCGCAGAUUUUCCAGAGUCUUUCGUGCCCUCCAGCAACUUUGCUUCAACGUCAGAAGGCAUUGUUGAAUCAGUACCACACAAAGGGUCAACAAGCCUCCCCGCGUCCCCCGUGACGCCUGUACCUCCCAGCUCGGCUGUUGCUGGCCGCCUGGCGCGCUCUUCCAGCGAAAGUCAGGCGGAGACAGGCCCUCCGGAUAUGCAGCCAACCAGUGGAGCUCUGGUCCUGUCAGAUGACAUGAAGAACCCAGCCAUGGAGAAACUGGACCUCGUUCGGAAGUGGAGCAUCAACACGUAUAAAUGCACCAGGCAGAUUCUGUCAGAGAAGCUGGGUCGGGGUUCAAAAACCGUGGAUCUGGAGCUGGAGGCCCAGAUCGAAGUCCUCCGCGAUAACAAGAGGAAGUACCAGAACGUGAUCAAGCUCGCGCAGACUCUGGCCACUCAGCUGUCGCAGGUCAUGCAGACACAGAGGCAGCUCGGCGACGCUUUUGCCGACCUAAGUCUCAAGACACCAGAACUUCACGAAGAGUUUGGGUACAACGCUGACACUCAAAAGCUUUUGUCCAAAAACGGGGAUACUUUGCUGGGCGCCAUCAACUUCUUCAUCUCCAGUGUGAACACACUCGUGGAAAAAACCAUCGAGGACACCAUGAUCAACAUCAAACAAUACGAAAUUGCAAGGGUGGAGUACGACGCGUACCGCACGGAUUUAGAAGAGCUCAAUCUGGGCCCCCGCGACACCACCAGCAUGUCCAAGAUAGAGCAGUCGCAGCAGAUGUUCCAGAUCUACCGCGAGAAGUACGAGAAGAUGCGAAACGACGUCUGCGUCAAGCUGAAGUUCCUAGAAGAGAACAAGGUGAAGGUCUUGCACAACCAGCUGAUCCUGUUCCACAACGCCAUCGCCGCCUACUACUCUGGCAACCAGCAGCAGCUGGAAAAAACACUCCAGCAGUUCCACAUCAAGUUGAAAAUGCCCGGUGGGGACCAGCCAUCUUGGCUCGAAGGACACUAAGACGACACAUUUUGUCAAACUAUUACUGAAACUGCAGGGACCAACGUUCGCAUUUGUGAAUCUUUCUAAGGAAGAUUUUCCCGUGGGGGGGAAGAGCGAAAACAGAGCUCGAAUCAAUUUCACUAGUAUACAAUCUUGGGAAUUGCACUUUGAUCUUGUUUGACAAAUCUGUUGAACGGCAGCAAAUUGCCUCAUCAAAUGCCUUUUUAUGAUCCAGCGUAUGAAUGUCAUCGCCCGGCAAGGCGUACCAGUUGAGACAAUUCUUAACAUUCCACACCAUUCUUCUACAACCUGACCUCUCUCGGCCCUCACGGUAAUGAAUUGGAAAGCGGUCAGUUAGAUUCACGGUCCUUUGUUGCAGUAAACCACUCAUGUUUAGUUUUAUCGCUAAAACAACAAUCUUUGUAUACAAACAAAAUAUAUAUUUUGAGAGCAACACUAAAUAGGCCCUAGUGUGUGAAUGUGAGUGGGAAUGUUGUCUGUCUAUCUGUGUUUGCCCUGAGAUGAGGUAGCGACUUGUCCAGGGUGUACCCCGCCUUCUGCCCGAAUGCAGCUGAGAUAGGCCCCAGCACGACCCCAAAAGGGACAAGCGGUAGGAAAUGGAUUGGAUGGAGAUACAGUACAGGCCAAAAGUUUGGACACGCUUUCUCAUUCAAUGCACGUUUUCUUUAUUUUCAUGACUAUUGUAGAUUGUAACUGAAGGCAUCAAAACUAUGAACGAACACAUGUGGAGUUAUGUACUUAACAAAAAAAAAAGGUGAAAAAACUGAACACAUGUUUUUUUAUAUUCUAGUUUCUUCAAAAUAGCCACCCUUGCACUGUUUACUGCUUUGCACACUCUUGGCAUUCUCUCGAGUAGUCUUCAAGCACACCUGUGUAACCCUAACCCCAACUCUAUAUCUAUAAAUAUAUAUAUAUAUAUAUAUAUACACAUACACAAACACACACAUAUACAGUACAGGCCCAAAAUUUGGACACGUCUUCUCAUUCAAUGCACGUUUUCUUUAUUUUCAUGACUAUUUACAUUGUAGAUUGUCACUGAAGGCAUCAAAACUAUGAAUGCACACACAUGGAGUUAUGUACUUAACAAAAAAAGGUGAAAAAACUGAAAACAUGUUUUUUAUAUACUAGUUUCUUCAAAUUAGCCACCCUUUUGCUCUGAUUACUGCUUUGCACACUCUUGGCAUUCUCUCGAUGAGCUCAAGCACACCUUUUGAAGGGAAAACCAUUUCAGGUGAGUACCUCUUGAAGCUCAUCGAGAGAAUGCCAAGAGUGUGCAAAGCAGUGAUGAGAGCAAAGGGUGGCUAUUUUGAAGAAACUUGAAUAUAAAACAUUGUGACAGACUUCUCAAGCCGUCGUGUGGGUUCCAAGGACCGUCAAGGAAGGACAUAGCUGCGGCACGUUUAGACUUCUUUAUCCGUCAAUAAAGACUGCUUUUCAGCUGAUCCAUCUGCCGCUCGCUUGCCUUUCUGCUUCGCGCGUCGUCGCACUCUGUCUCUCUCUCUCAACGUCAGCUUCCCUCUUGUCUCCUUCUCUCUCCGCCUCUCUCCCUGACGUUCAGGGCUGUUGCCCUUUUAGAAGAAUAGAAUAGAAUGGACUUUAUUGUCAUUAUAUUUGCAUAUAACGAGAUUAAAAACUCCAAUUUAAGGUGCGGUAGUGGGAACAAAUAUGGGGUGAAAUAAAUAACACAAGGAAAAAACUAACAAUUGAAAUAAACAGACUACUAUCCAAUAUAAAUAAUGAACAAUCCUGUACAAUAUACAAAACACUAUAGAAAUACAAUAUACAGAACAAGACAAGAGUACGUCAGUGUCGGACGUAUUGUACUCGAAGGGUAGUAUUGCACAGUAGGGUAUUAGGGCAUGAUAUUCUAUAGGGGUGAAUUAUUAUUAUAAGUUAUAUUAUAAGUUUAUACAGUGCGAGAGGAUUACUCAAUUGUCCCCAAGUGCGCGAUAUACAGGUGUGCCCCGCCUCGCCGCUAGCUCGCCGUCCACGCCUCCUUGCCGCCAUCUUGGGCCUGGCUACGGCGUGUCCUGCCUCGCUGUUGGACUGCCGGCCACGCCUCCUCGCCGCCAUCUUGGGCCGGGCUCCUGCGUGUCCUGCCUCGCUGUCGGACUGCCGGCCACGCCUCCUCGCCGCCAUCUUGGGCCGGGCUACGGCGUGGCCUGCCUCGCUGUCGGACUGCCGGCCACGCCUCCUCGCCGCCAUCUUGGGCCGGGCUACGGCGUGGCCUGCCUCGCUGUCGGACUGCCGGCUCCGCCUCUCCACAAGCAUAUUUUCAGUUAUUUAAACUUUUUUUUUGUUAAGUACAUAACUCCACAUGUGUUCAUUCAUCGUUUUGAUGCCUUAAGUGACAAUCUACAGUGUAAAUAGUCAUGAAAGAAAAAAGAAUUCAAAAAUUAUUUUUUUACUCAAUUUGACUAAUGUCCUUAGAAUCCUGAGAUAAUGUGAAAAAAGCGAUAAAAAUAUAUUCCAACAUAAUUCCUAAUCCAAAUGUGCAAAAUGUCUAAAAAUGCCUGUGAUAUUGAAUCCAUGUAAGUUGUACUAGGAACAGUUGUUUUUCUAUGGUUUGCAAAUACAAAAAUUUGGUUUUAUUCAGUAUGACUGUGUACUGUAACACUCAAUAUGACAGUUAUUUUUAAACAUAACUGCUAAACCAUACAUGAACAAUGGCUAAUAAUGCCUGAAAUAAUGCAUCUUUGGGAGUUUUACUCGAAAUGUAUGCUUUUUUAAAUCUUGCAAAUGCAAAAAGUAGUUUUUUUACUCAAUUUGACAGUAACGUACUUAGAAUCUUGAGAUAAUGCGAAAAAAGCAAUACAAAUAUAUUCCAACGUAAUUCCUAAUCCAAAUGUGCAAAAUGUCUAAAAAUGCCUGUGAUAUUGAAUCCAUGUAAGUUUUACUAGGAACAGUUGUUUUUCUGUGGUUUGCAAAUACAAAAAUUUGGUUUUAUUCAGUAUGACUGUGUACUGUAACACUCAAUAUGAAAGUUUUUUUAAACAUAACUGCUAAACCACACAUGAACAAUGGCUAAUAAUGCCUGAAAUAAUGCAUCUUUGGGAGUUUUACUCGAAACAUAUGCUUUUUUAAAUCUUGCAAAUGCAAAAAGUAGUUUUUUUACUCAAUUUGACAGUAACGUACUUAAAAUCUUGAGAUAAUGCGAAAAAAGCAAUACAAAUAUAUUCCAACAUAAUUCCUAAUCCAAAUGUGCAAAAUGUCUAAAAAUGCCUGUGAUAUUGAAUCCAUGUAAGUUUUACUAGGAACAGUUGUUUUUCUAUGGUUUGCAAAUACAAAAAUUUGGUUUUAUUCAGUAUGACUGUGUACUGUAACACUCAAUAUGACAGUUUUUUCAAACAUAACUGCUAAACCACACAUGAACAAUGGCUAAUAAUGCCUGAAAUAAUGCAUCUUUGGGAGUUUUACUCGAAACAUAUGCUUUUUUAAAUCUUGCAAAUGCAAAAAGUACUUUUUUUACUUAAUUUGACAGUAACGUCCUUAGAAUCUUGAGAUAAUGCGAAAAAGCAAUAAAAAUAUAUUCCAACAUAAUUCCUAAUCCAAAUGUGCAAAAUGUCUAAAAAUGCCUGUGAUAUUGAAUCCAUGUGAGUUUUACUAGAAACAGUGGUUUUUCAAUGGUUUGCAAAUACAAAAUUUAGAUUUUACUCAAUAUGACUGUGUACUGUAACACUCAAUAUGACAGUUAUUUAAACAUAACUGCUAAACCACACGUGAACAAUGGCUAAUAAUGCCUGAAAUAAUGCAUCUUUGGGAGUUUUACUCGAAACAUAUGCUUUUUUAAAUCUUGCAAAUGCAAAAAGUAGUUUUUUUACUCAAUUUGACAGUAACGUACUUAGAAUCUUGAGAUAAUGCGAAAAAAGCAAUACAAAAAUAUUCCAACAUAAUUCCUAAUCCAAAUGUGCAAAAUGUCUAAAAACGCCUGUGAUAUUGAAUCCAUGUAAGUUUUACUAGGAACAGUUGUUUUUCUAUGGUUUGCAAAUACAAAAAUUUGGUUUUAUUCAGUAUGACUGUGUACUGUAACACUCAAUAUGACAGUUUUUUCAAACAUAACUGCUAAACCACACAUGAACAAUGGCUAAUAAUGCCUGAAAUAAUGCAUCUUUGGGAGUUUUACUCGAAACAUAUGCUUUUUUAAAUCUUGCAAAUGCAAAAAGUACUUUUUUUACUUAAUUUGACAGUAACGUCCUUAGAAUCUUGAGAUAAUGCGAAAAAGCAAUAAAAAUAUAUUCCAACAUAAUUCCUAAUCCAAAUGUGCAAAAUGUCUAAAAAUGCCUGUGAUAUUGAAUCCAUGUGAGUUUUACUAGAAACAGUGGUUUUUCAAUGGUUUGCAAAUACAAAAUUUAGAUUUUACUCAAUAUGACUGUGUACUGUAACACUCAAUAUGACAGUUAUUUAAACAUAACUGCUAAACCACACGUGAACAAUGGCUAAUAAUGCCUGAAAUAAUGCAUCUUUGGGAGUUUUACUCGAAACAUAUGCUUUUUUAAAUCUUGCAAAUGCAAAAAGUAGUUUUUUUACUCAAUUUGACAGUAACGUACUUAGAAUCUUGAGAUAAUGCGAAAAAAGCAAUACAAAAAUAUUCCAACAUAAUUCCUAAUCCAAAUGUGCAAAAUGUCUAAAAACGCCUGUGAUAUUGAAUCCAUGUGAGUUUUACUAGAAACAGUUGUUUUUCUAUGGUUUGCAAAUACAAAAAUUUGGUUUUAUUCAGUAUGACUGUGUACUGUAACACUCAAUAUGACAGUUUUUUAAACAUAACUGCUAAACCACACAUGAACAAUGGCUAAUAAUGCCUGAAAUAAUGCAUCUUUAAGAGUUUUACUCGAAAAAUAUGCUUUUUUAAAUCUUACAAAUGCAAAAAGUAGUUUUUUUACUCAAUUUGACAGUAACGUACUUAGAAUCUUGAGAUAAUGCGAAAAAGCAAUAAAAAUAUAUUCCAACAUAAUUCCUAAUCCAAAUGUGCAAAAUGUCUAAAAAUGGCUGUGAUAUUGAAUCCAUGUAAGUUUUACUAGGAACAGUUGUUUUUCUAUGGUUUGCAAAUACAAAAUUUAGAUUUUACUCAGUAUGACUGUGUACUGUAACACUCAAUAUGACAGUUUUUUUUAAACAUAACUGCUAAACCACACAUGAACAAUGGCUAAUAAUGCAUCUUCGGGAGUUUUACUCGAAACAUAUGCUUUUUUAAAUCUUGCAAAUUCAAAAAGUAGUUUUUUUUACUCAAUUUGACAGUAACGUACUUAGAAUCUUGAGAUAAUGCGAAAAAAGCAAUACAAAUAUAUUCCAACAUAAUUCCUAAUCCAAACGUGCUAAAUGUCUAAAAAUGCCUGCGAUAUUGAAUCAAUGUGAGUUUUACUAGAAACAGUUUUGAUAGAACGUGAAGGUGUGUCCAAACUUUCGGCCUCUACUGUACAUACGACAAGGCUACCAGUUAGCCUAGAAAAGGAAAUCCCCUGAAUAACGUGGCAUCGCUCCUAAAAACUCGCCAAUCUGCGCAUUUUCUUUGUCCGAAUAUCAAGCCCGCUGCCUUUUUUGAUUACAGCUUUUUCGCUAGGCUAAGCUAUGGGCAGCAAAUUUUGCUGCUGUGUAAUAUUCCAAUUAAGGGUUCAGUAAAUGCAAAUAGGACAGUUUUUUUUCUCCAAAUACUAGGUUAUAUCCCAGUUAGUGUAGCGUACCACAGAGACCAUAAACAAGGAAAUUACAAAUAUAACUGUUAACAUCUCCUUUCAGCACACCUGUAACUAAUCACUGAAUGCAUUUUCUUUAUAGUUUAUUUGGUAAGUAUGCAUGCACGAAUGCAAAGCUAGCUUUCUUAUUUAAUUGCAGCCGCCAUGCUAUGCUACGCUAACAUCGUAACACUCCUACAUUGUAAUAAACGGACCAAACAA